AUGCUGUGCCGCCGGUUCGUCUCGACCACCAGUCCUUUGCUGCGUCUUUCCCGCACUUUGAACCGAGUAAUUCCAAAGCCUACAGAUCAAAUACCAGAUGUAGCGACUUUCCUGACAAGAAUAGGCAGAAAGUGUGAUGAGGCUGCUGAAAUCUACGAGAAUAAGUGGGAAAACCUGUUCGUGUGGGACUCCAGAGACUUGAAGGAGAAAGGCGUCUCUGUGCAGCAACGAAAGUAUAUUUUACAUCAAGUGGAAAAGUUGAGGAAGAAUGAGCCAAUUGUGGAGAUCAAGAAGGGCAAGAAGUCGUUCUUUGGCGGUGAGAGGAAGAGAAAGGAGAACAUUGCCAAAUGGAAAGCGGAACAGAGGUCUAAAGAGUAG